GUCAGUUUGAUUCUGAGCGUCUCAAUUCGAAAAGAGCGAAUUUUCCAUUACGUAAUGGCUCACACAUUCACCCUUAGGAAGUAUGCUGACAUAUUCGUGUAUGGUUUCCGUAAUGGUAGCACAUUACGUGCUGUUGAUAAAUACCGAGGUCAUUUUCCAAAUCGAAGAAUUCCAAAUCGAAAAGUUUUUCAGACAGGUUUUGCAAAUGCUCAGAAAACAGGAAUAAUUCCAAGCCUAAGAAUUAAUUCUGAACGAGAGGCGGGACUAUGGUGGAAAAUGAAGGAAAUGUUCUGGAUAUGGCUGAAGAGAACCCAGGUGUUAGUACGAGGCGGAUUACAAAAGAACUUCGAUUAGCAUCACAUGUGGACGUUUGAAAGACACUUAGGAAAAACGGUUUUAAGCCUUUCCAUAUUCAACCGGUUCAACAUCUUCAAGAGGGUGAUUAUGGCUUAAGGGUUUAAUUUUGCGAAUGGAUCCAACAAAAUCGAGGCCUACAUAAAUACAUUUAGCGAUGAAUCUCAUUUUGCCCGCAACGGAAUUAAUAACCGACACAAUGAAUAUCGGUGGUCAGAUGAAAAUCCUCAUGCCACGUUUGAACGAACUUUCAACAUCGAUUCAGUGUUAAUGUGUGAUGUGGAAUGCUGAACGACCAGUUGUUUGGUCCUUUUGUAUUAGAUGAGCGUCUUACAAUAGGACAAUCGCAAAUUUGCUAGAAAAUUGAGAUAUCCCCUUUCUGCAAUUAGCAAUUCACUCACCGGACAUAUUCAGAGAUUUCAUCUAGUUGGUAACUUGGUACUAAGUGUAGUUACUAACUUGGACUUGAACUACUUUAAAAAUCAAAGAGAACUUUGGAACUAAAAAUGGAUCCAUUAUUUUAUCUGGCUGAAAACAAUCUGCUACGACGUCGAAGGCGAAUGCGUCAGAAGAGGAUGGACUGGGUAUACAUAUGAAAAGAGAAGAGUUUGGCGAGUUCCAUCAGCUAAUGGAUGAUAUAAAGGAAAAGCCCACAAAGUUUUUUGAAUAUAUCCGUAUGGAAACUUUCAACUAUAUCUUGGAAAAUGUUAAGUCUGACCUGACUAAAUACAACAAUUUUCGCCGUGUGAUAUUCCCUGAAGAGCGUUUGACUGUGACACUGAGGAUAAAGAUACAAGAAGUGCAGCAACACCAAAAUUCCACUAAAAAUAAGGAAAACAAUUCAAUCGAAAAGGUUUUCUUAUGGCAGGAAAAAUAUUUUAGUAAAUCUCAAAAACAAUAUUAUGCGGAUGAAAGGAAUUGCUUUACUGAGCAAGAAAAAGAAUUCAAUCGACUCGUUUGUGAAGACUCGGAAGAAGAUAUUAAUGAUGGAUUUCUGUUUUCGUAUAUUGAUUCUGAAGAAUUUUAUGCCGAAACCGAGAGACCUAGUGGAAAUGAUACUAAUUAUUUGGAAACUCGCUUGCAAAAUUUAAAUAUAGAUGAUAACGAACUAGAUUCUGAAGAAUACGACUUUAAUAAGAGCCUUGAAAAAACCAUUGAACAGCCAGUUCAUACUCACAAAGAUAUAAAAAUGUAUUUGCUAGCGGAUUUUGGGGAAUACUUUGAGGAUACUUGGAUUAAAAACGAAAAACUGCUCUGCACUCUGAAAUAUAACCCGAGCAUGAAAGUCUUACAAGUAUUCCCGGAUUUCACCGUUAGCCGUCCCUACAAAUUAUCGGUUCCGCGAUCAAUUCAAAACGACGAGAAAGUUUUUAGUUAUUUUAUUGAAAACUGCUCAAAAGAGAUUCCGGAAUCGAUUGGGCUUAACGAGAAAAGUUUAAUUAGAGAAAUUAAUGAAUACCAAGAAAAAUUAAAGAUCCAAAUGUUACCUGAUAGCUUUAAGCUUCCUCCCAAGAAUAAACUGUAUGUCUUCCUCUUAUUGGAAAUUUCUUCGGGAACGCGUUUUGAAUAUCCAGAAGUAUUUGUUCAGUACUUUAUUGACCUUCCAGAAGGAUGGAAUUGUGAAAAUGAUGAGAUUUUAAGAGGUACAACACAAACUUGUAAAGCUAAUGAGGAUGGAUUGGUUCACUUCGGACAUUGUAUUGAAGCUCUUAUUGAGUAUAAUUGUCUUAAUUCAGAAGGUUUGCCGAAAUGCCCCUACAUUUACUUCGAAAUCUUCUCUAAAGAUUCUUGGGAAAGAUUCAGAACAGAAGGCCUUUCCUACAUAAAUCUACCAAUUUCCCAAUCCGGUUAUUUUCAAUAUGAUCUAAACUGUUUCCGAUUUACUACCAAAAAUCCAAUAAGUGAAAUGAAAAGGUAUUUUAUUGGCGAUUGUCAGAAUUACAGCGACGUCACCUGGAUUGGUAUGCCAAAAGAUUAUUCAGAAAGCGUUAUGAAUAAAUAUGGCACAGAAACUGUGUCCACAGGACAGUUAAAGGUUCGAAUACAUGUCCUACAUCAAUCGCAAGAGUUUAUAGAAGAACGUUCUGGAGAUCCGGAUAGAACAAGAAAAAUUAUUUCUGAAACAUUGGGGUCUUCAGCUUUGAUAAGAAGUGUGGAACAAGUUAUACAAGAGUUUAAAAGAGCUAGAAAGGAAAUGCUUGAAGUACGAAGAAACCUUAAAAUGUAAUUUGUGUUUUGGUUAUAAUACUUAUUAUUUGUGUUUCAUAACUUUAUUAAAUAUAGACAUUUGAUGCUUUUAACAA